AUGGCAACGACCACUUUUAUCCCACAGCUGAGCUCAGCAGAACUCCCGGUUCUGCGAUUAUGCAUCUUGGGCGCACUUGUUUUGCCCUUGCUUUCCGCCGUUGGCCUCUACCUCUGGGUAACGCCGAGCAGUUGGAAAGAUUCUCGGCGGAAGCAUUUACCACCUGGUCCUCGCGGCAUUCCGUUCUUAGGAAACUUCUUCCAGCUUUCCGAUGCAGAGACAUUCCGCUUCAAAGCGCAAGCCUGGGCCAAGCAAUAUGGAGACGUCUUCUACACCAAAAUGGGCGGCUCGGACUAUAUCUAUCUCUCUUCACCUACCGCAGUCAAAGAAUUGAUGGACAAGAAAUCGGCAAUCUAUUCUUCUCGACCACCAGCGCCUUUGGCCAGUGACGUUGCUUCGGCUGGUCGGCGACAGUUGUUCAUGCCAUACGGGCCAAAAUAUCGCGUGGUGAGGAGAAUUGCGCAUUCAUUGCUCAAUAUCACAAUCUCCACAAGCUAUCAGCCAAUCCAAGAUCUCGAAUCAAAGCAGCUAAUGUUUGAUCUGCUACAUGAUCCGGAGCACUUCUACGACCACAACCGUCGCUAUUCGGCUAGCGUCAUCCUAACAGUUGCGUACGGUCAACGGAUGGCGGAUUGGAACAAUCCACUAGUCAAGAAGAUUUAUAGCGUUGUGAACAACUUACAACAGUUCUCAGCUCCCGGAGCGUUCCUGGUCGAUACCUUCCCUACUAUUCGACACUUUCCUCAAUGGUUGUUUGGAAAUUGGAGGAAGUUUGGUGAAAAAUGCUUCGCUCAUGACUCCGUCGUUUAUCUGAAACUUUGGGGCGACCUGAAGAAAGAUGUCGAUGAAGGCAAGGCGAAUUCUUGCUUCGCAAAAGACUUUUACCUCAGCAAUCCUGAGAAGGUGGGUAUCGAUUCGCUGCAGGCGGCCUAUCAGACGGGGGGGCUUGUCGAAGCCGGUUCAGAGACAACCUCGGCAUUCCUCAACUCUUUUAUCCUGGCCAUGGUCCAAAAUCCCCAUGUCAUGAAGAGGGCACAAGAGGAGGUGGAUAGAGUGAUUGGAGAGGAUAGGCUGCCCACGUGGGAGGACGAACCUAACUUACCGUAUCUGAGAGCAGUCAUCAAAGAGUUGCUGAGGACGAGACCACCGAAUAAGUUUGGAAUGCAACAUUAUACGACUGAGGAUGAUUGGUACAACGGGAUGUUCAUUCCCAAAGAAACUGUGGUCGUGUUAAAUUGGUGGGCAAUCAACUAUGACCCGGCUCAUUGGGACAAGCCUGAUGAGUUCAAUCCUGAACGGUUUCUGGGUUACGAUCUUCCCGCAGCUGCAUACAUCAACAUUGCAGACCCCAACGAAAGAGAUCAUUUCUCGUACGGUGCGGGUCGGAGGAUCUGCCCUGGCGUACAUGUCGCCGAAAAGUCUCUUUACCUCAACAUCGCCCGAGUACUGUGGGCAUUCAACAUUUCCAAGAAGAUCGACGCGAGGGGGGAUGUAGUUGAACCAAACGCGGCCAUGGUACCAGGGUGGAUGACUAUCCCACAGCCAUUCGAGUGCGAGAUUACUGUCAGGUCCGCCAAGAAGAAAGCUCUCAUCACAAAAGUUUGGAACGAAGCACAAAAGGGCCUGGAAGGUACCUGA